CUGGGAAACUCCUCCAUUGCUAGGAUUCGAUUCAAUUAUCUGGGGUUAUUCUUUUCUUUAUCAUCCAUCCAUCGUUAUCUAGAUUCUGAUUCUUUCGAUUUGCUGUAUUGGUUGUUAGUUUGUUACCAAAGAUUUAAUCUUUUUCCGAUUUGAAUAUCAGGGUUGUCAACCAUUUUCGUUCUUCUAAUUGUUACAAUUAAUUUCAGUCUUCAGAGCCCUUGAGUUUAUUUGUGAAAAAAGUGGAGAGAGAUUGGGUAAGGUCAAGAGGUGACAUAGCAAUGCCACCUUUUGCAGGAUCUAAGCCUUAUUCGGAAGGGUUCUACUCAAAUUCUGGAAUUUCAAAUUCAAACAUUGUCACGAUUGAUGUGGGUGGUCAGGUUUUCCAAACCACUAGACAAACCCUAUCUUUAGCUGGCUCCAAUUCCAUCUUUUCCAAGCUUUCAAACGUUGAUGGCACGAUCCCUUUUCUGGACAGAGAUCCGGAGCUUUUCUCUAUUCUUCUUUCCUUGUUAAGAACUGGGAAUCUUCCAUCCAGAGCCAAGGCUUUUGAUGUUGAAGAUCUUAUUUUUGAGUCCCAAUUUUAUGGUAUUGAGAAUCUGCUCAUCAAUUCCCAGUCAAAUCCAUCCCAAUUCGAAGCCUUUAAUCUCGAUAAGUCUUUGGUUUUACCCCUGAACGGUAGGGACUCACCUUCAACUAUCUCAACUACUCCCUAUGGCUCAGUUCAUGUUGCUCAUGGUUGUAAAAUCACCUCCUUUGAUUGGUCAUUACAGAGGAAAGCUACCAUUUUGACCCAGUUUACUGCUAUUGAUUCCCUAUUAGCAUUGUCCCCCCAGAUAGUGGCUGCUGGUGCUACUGACUUUUCAGGGUUGCAAAUUAUUGAUGCUGAUAAGGGUUUUGUGAGGCAAACCUUGAACUGGGAAAAUGUUACCAGGUCAUCUUCAACUGUGCAGGCUAUUGGAUCAUCACCUGAGUAUUUGUUCACAAGUUUUGAGUCUGGUAGGCGGAAUUCAAAUUGCAUUAUGGUUUAUGAUUUAAAUGAUGGUUUUAGGCCUGUUACUAGCGUUGGUCACUGUGAAAUAUUUGGUGCUGAGUUGGAUUCUGGCAUUCCAGCCACAAAAUUACAAUGGGUUCCGAGUCAUAAUUUGUUGAUGGCUUCUGGUUUUCAUAGUGGACCUUCUGGUGUAUCAGGAAAUAUUAAGUUUUGGGAUAUAAGGUCUGGGAUUCUUGCCUGGGAACUUAAGGAAAAAGUUGAUUGCUUUUCUGAUGUUACAGUGUCAGAUAGUUUUUCAGCCGUGUUUAAGAUUGGUAUCAAUUCUGGUGAGGUUUUCUUCAGUGAUUUGAGGAAUUUAGGUGAUGAGAAUUCUUGGGUUUGUCUUGGAGAUCAAAGGAAAGUCAUCACCGGGAAGAAGGAAGGUUCUGGAUGCACCAUUGAGAGCCAUGGAAAUCAAGUAUUUUGUAGUAAAGGAGGAAAUGUAGAGUUAUGGUCUGAGGUUCAGAUUGGUUCUUCUGUAAGGGGUGGAGAUGGAAGAGCACAGGAACGAGUUUUUAGGAAGAACUUCAUGGGAAGAGCCAAAGAUAUGGGAGGAAACAGGAUAACACGCAUGGCUUUUGGAGGGAACAAAAUGUUUGUGGCGAGGAAGGAUCAGCAAUGUGUUGAGGUUUGGCAGAGUUCAGUUAGAGGAUUUUAAGGUUAAACCUAGAUUAUAGUUAUGUAAAGUAAUUAUUUGAUUGUAAUUUGUGAAUAGAUUUUGCAUUUUUGAUUCCCCAUCUUCAAUUCAUUGAUCCAUCUAAGAUCUGUUUCCAUUUAGAGGUGGCAUUAUUGUGUUCCUAACAUUUGUCUCUGCAGUAAUGGUUAAUGCCAGUUUUCAAUAAACAUGGAAUGCUUUUUGCUGUUAAAGUUGUUGAACCAAACUCUGUUUGAAAUUGAAUACGAAGUGCAUUGUUGCCAGACUUUUUAGUCUAGAUUCUGCUUAUUGGUGGUGAUAUCAUGUACUCAUUUGGUUUGAUAAUAAUAAUCUUCCUGUUACCAUAUACCAUCUCUGCUGCCUAAAUGUGUACUAAUAUUGUUGCAUUGUAGAGAUUAGAGAACAUGGAGUGUGUGCUUAGGCCUUUUUCCAUUACAACUUUAUCCUCUCUUCUGUUUGGUAAUUUUGGAUUGUUGCACUUCUUCCAACUACGCGCCUUCUUCCUCCUAUUUCAAGUGGUAACUGGGCUUCUAUAUCAUUAGGAUAUCUGCAAUUAAAGUGAUUAGAUAUUGUAUGCUAAAGAUGGCUGACUUCCUCACAAAAUGUCACUCAUUUGGUAAGAUUGAUGACAUACCUGGCAUUAUGGUUUUGCUAUAUAGUCAUUUGGAUGGAUCAACAUUUUGUGUAUGGCGUUUCCAAGCGUUUCUUAUACACUUGGAUUGACAUCCAGAAGUAAGAAUAACAUUAGAGGAAUCCUGUUUUGUUUGUUAGCUGGAUUUUAUGUUUUGUUAUUUUAUUGUUGUAAAUUAGCAACUGGCACAGUCAGACCUAAUCAGUAAAUCAGAGAAAUCGGUUCAAAAACUUGAGUAGGAUUCCUUCUUUUUUUCUUUCAUCUUCUUAAGCUGCCGAACGACC